GACAGUAUCAUUCAUUGUGGUGAACAGUGGGACCAGACAUAAAGACCAGAGAUGUCUGACGAUGAUGAAGCACCGCUGGUGAAGAAGACCAGGAUUUUCUAUGGCAGUCUGGAGGAGAAGGAGAGGGAGAGGCUGGGACGAGAGUCCUCUGGGUCAGGCAAAGAUUCUGUCAAAGCAGGCAUCGAGGCUGGCAACAUCAACAUCUCCAGUGGUCAGUAUACCAUUACUGUUUAUGGUUGCAGUCACAUGUACAGUACCAGUCCGAAGUUUGGACACACCUACUCAUUUUUACAAUUUUCGACAUUGUAGAAUAAUAGUGGAGACAUCAAAACUAUGAAAUAGCACAUAUGGAAUCAUGUAGUAACCAAAAAAGUGUUAAACAUAUCAAUAUAUUUUAGAUUCUUCAAAGUAGCCACCCUUUGCCUUGAUGACAGCUUUGCACACUCUUGGCAUUCUCUCAACCAGCUUCAUGAGGUAUAUAAUAUAAUAUAUAAUAUGCCAUUUAGCAGACGCUUUUAUCCAAAGUGACUUACAGUCAUGCGUGCAUACAUUUUUUGUGUAUGGGUGGUCCCGGGGAUCGAACCCACUACCUUGGCGUUACAAGCGCCGUGCUCUACCAGCUGAGCUACAGAGGACCACAUGGUUAUCCAGGUAGUCACCUGGAAUGCAUUUCAAUUAACAGGUGUGCCUUGUUAAUUUGUGGAAUUUAUUUCCUUCUUAAUGUGUUAGAGCCAAUCAGUUGUGUUGUGACAAGGUAGGGGUGGUAUACAGAAGUUAGCCCUAUUUGGUAAAAGACCAAGCCCAUAUUAUGGCAAGAACAGCUCAAAUAAGCAAAGAGAAACUACAGUCCAUCAUUACUUUAAGACAUGAAUGUCAGUCUAUCCGGAAAAUGUCAAGAUCUUUGAAAGUUUCUUCAAGUGUAGUUGCAAAAACCAUCAAGUGCUAUGAUGAAACUGGCUCUCAUGAGGACCGCCACAGGAAAGGAAGACCAAGAGUUACCUCUGCUGCAGAGGAUAAGUUCCUUAGCGUUACAAGCCUCAUAAAUUGCAGCCCAAAUAAAUGCUUCACAGAGUUCAAGUAACAGACACAUCUCAACAUCAACUGUUCAGAGGAGACUGCGUGAAUCAGGCCUUAAUGGUCGAAUUGCUGCAAAGAAACCACGACUAAAGAACAUACUUGUAUGGGCCAAGAAACACGAUUUGGUCUGAUGAGUCCAAAUUUGAGAUUUUUGGUUCCAACCGCCGUGUCUUUGUGCGACGGAGAGUAGGUAAACGGAUGAUCUCUGCAUGUGUGGUUCCCACCGUGAAGCAUGGAGGAGGAGGUGUGAUGGUGUGGGGGUGCUUUGCUGGUUACACUGUCAGUGAUUUAUUUAGAAUUCAAGGCACACUUAACCAGCAUGGCUACCACAGCAUUCUGCAGCGAUACGCCAUCCCAUCUGGUUUGCGCUUAGUGAGACUAUCAUUUGUUUUUCAACAGGACAAUGACCCAACACACCUCCAGGCUGUGUAAGGGCUAUUUGACCAAGAAGACGAGUGAUAGUGCUGCAUCAGAUGACCUGGCCUCCACAAUCACCCAACCUCAACCCAAUUGAGAUGGUUUGGAAUGAGUUGGACCGCAGAGUAAAGGAAAAGCAGCUCAGCAUAUGUGGGAAUUCCUUCAAGAUGGUUGGAAAAGCAUUCCAGGUGAAGCUGGUUGAGAGAAUGCCAAGAGUGUGCAAAGCUGUCAUCAAGACAAAGGGUGGCUACUUUGAAGAAUCUAAAAUAUAUUUUGAUUUGUUUAACACAUUUUUGGUUAGUACAUGAUUCCAUAUGUGUUAUUUCAUAGUUUUGAUAUCUUCACUAUUAUUCUACAAUGUAGAAAAUAGUACAAAUAAAGAAAAACCCUUGAAUGAGUAGGUGUCCAAACUUCUGACUGGUACUGUAUGUGUGUCUCUAUUAAGUCAACUUACUUUCUCUCUUUAUCCUCUCAGGUGAGUCCCUUGAGCUUGAGGAGCACGUGAGUGAGCGCCAGUCUGAGGUAUUGGCAGACUUUGAGCGCAGAAAGCGAGCGAGACAGAUCACAGUAUCCACAGACGAUGCAGAGGUCAAAGCUUGCUUACGGGCCCUUGGGGAGCCAAUCACACUGUUUGGUGAGGGGCCUGCUGAGAGACGAGAGAGGUGUGUCACACAAGCAUGGUUCUGUCCUCCCCUUCUAAUAUUUUAAUGUGUGGAUCAACAAUUAAAGACCCUCUGAAAAUUCUCUGAUGCUUUUACAACAUGUCAACCCCGUUCAUUUACCAAUUAAAACUGCAGUUUUGAGGUAUUGUCUUUCUGCUUGAAAACACCCUAUCUAAAGUUAUAUUUGGCAUGCAUUAUAUCCACCUCUAACCUUUGCUCAACCUCUCUCUUGCCCUCCCCGAUUUUGUUAUUUCUUUUCCAGGCUGAGGAAUAUCCUUUCUGUAGUGGGCCCAGAUGCACUAAAGAAAUCUAAGAAGGAUGAUGAGAGAUCCAAACGUUCCCAAGAGGAGGUAUGAUUUGUAGCUUGACUCUCCUAUAUCUUUCUCUCACUACUACAACUUUUACACUGUAUUCAUUCAAUAUGGAGAUAAACACACACAUUUAUAUAUUCUCCUGUCCAUGUGUUUCAGUGUCAGCAGACGUGGUACCACGAGGGACCGACCACUCUGAAGGAGGCAAGGCUAUGGUUGGCCAGAUACUCUCUGCCCAGGUAAUAUAAUAAUAUAUGCCAUUUAGCAGACGCUUUUAUCCAAAGCGACUUAGUCAUGCAUGCAUACAUUGUUACAUAUGGGUGGCCCAGCGAAUCAAACCCACAAUCUUGGUGUUACAAGCGCCAUGCUCUACCAACUGAGCCAUACAGGAACAUGGUACAGCUUGAUUCUAAUAUUAGACCAUAGUGACCAUGAUGACAAUGACAGUUUCAAUGGUUGUCAGGAAGUAGCAUGUGUGUGAUGCCUCAACAGGGCUGUGAAGAGGUUAGAGGACGCCAGAGCUCACAGGGAGAUUCCAGAAUCCACACGAACAGUCCGAACGCAAGAACUUCACAAGACCCUCAGGGUACGUCCUCCAUCAAAGUCUCCAGAAUAAUUCAAGAACCUGUCUUGUUUGUGAAAACAGUUGUAGAAUAUCAUAAUUUUCUCUGCCCACUCAGAACCUGAGUAACUUCUGCAGUCAAAUCGGUGACGACAGACCUAUAUCCUUCUGCCAGUUUAGCCCUAACUCCAAAAUGCUUGUGACUGCAUCUUGGUGAGUCCCUCAGUCUCCUCCCAUUGCACUGCACAGACAGCAAUGGUCUUGAUGGGGUUUUAUAUCCAUUUAGCCAUCAAAUAAGCAUUUGUUAGAAGAAAUGUCCUUGUCUUCCUGACUUGUUUUUUUCUCUCUAGGAGUGGCCUGUGUAAACUGUGGAAUGUUCCAGACUGCACCCUUAUCCGUACUCUUCGGGGUAAGAAGUAUCUCUUAUUUUUCUCAAAUCAUUUUACCCUUUCUUAUCCAUUGCAUUGCAAUUACUCUUUGUUUUUACUUCUGAAGUCCUGAAUUAGGGCUGGGCGGUAUACCGUAUUUUACGAUAUACCGGUAUGGUAUUGAUGCAUGGACCGGUUUGGGUUUUUACUUUACCUUCUAUAACGGUAUUUGAAUGUUUGGUUUGUUAAAUGUGUUACGCUGUGUGUAACGUCCAUUUUUAUAGUUUACUUCGCUACUUGAGUCAUCUCUAUCCGCGCUUUCUCUCUCCAUGCCGCUUUGUACGCAGACCUAGCCCGGCUCCGCCCCCGUCACUCAAGGAGCGCAUUUUGUUGUUCCUCGACCACGAGAGACACUUGCGUUCAGUCUGCAUGGUCAAUGUAGCACAUGCAACAAUGUUGAUGACAAUGAUGGUGUUUUCACUUUGCUUCUUAAUAUAAAUUCACUAACAUUCUAUAAUUACACUAUUAGUUUGUGUUUCUUACAUCUGCAAACAGCUAGUUUGUCAUUUCUUAGCAAGUUGGCCCGAAAUCCUGUUAACCACUAAUGCUAAUCAGUCAGAGCAAAAGUAAUUAGCUAUACAGCCUGAUAAUACCAGUGACGGUGUAGACCCCCCCCCACAUUCUGAAAAUAUAUAUGCCCCCCCCCCCCAACUUCUAACCAAAGAAGAACUAUAGAAUUAAAAUAAUCAUUCUAUUUCCAUGAUUCCAACAGUUAACCCAAGUGUUUUGCUCUAAAUUGCAAGUCAAAUCGAAUUGAAACGUUUGGUUAAUAAUAAGGCCUAGAUUGUUUGUACAUGUCAUGCAGCCCUACGUGGCAGUGUGGAAGUGAUCUCAAAUGAGUGAAACAAAUGCAGAAAUUGAUGAAAAUGCAGAUUUUUUUGAACAGUAUAAAACAAUCAGAAUGAAGACCCAUUGAAAUCACGUGGAAUGGGGCCUCCCGAGUGGCGCAUCGGUCUAAGGCACUGCAUCGCAGUGCUAGAGGCUUCACUACAGACCCGGGUUCGAUCCCGGGCUAUGUCACAAUCGGCCGUGAUCGGGAGUCCCAUAGGGCGGCGCACAAUUGGCCCAGCGUCGUCCGGGUUCGGGGAGGGUUUGGCCGGGGGGGCUUUACUUGGCUCAUCGCGCUCUAGCGACUCCUUGUGGCCGGCCGGGCGCCUGCAGACUGACCUCUGUGUUUCCUCCAACACAUUGGUGCGGCUGGCUUCCGGGUUAAGCGGGAGGGUGUUAAGAAGCACAGUUUGGCGGGUCAUGUUUCGGAGGACGACCUUCGCCUCCGGACCCUUGGGGAGUUGCAGCGAUGAGAAGAUCGAGAAAAGGGGGUAAAAUAUAAAAAAUAAUCUCAUAGUAUGUGUUGCCACCUAGGCUCACAGACUACUCAUGAAUACAAUUUGGAACUUUUAUUAUUCAAAAACAUUAAAUACCGUCAUACUGUCCUUUUAAAAAUGUUUUAUACUGUGAUAUGCUAUUUUGGCCAUAUCGCCCAGCCCUAUCCUGAAUGAUAAUGAUAAUAGUUCUUCUCUUUCCCUAUCCUCAGGCCACAACACCCACGUGGGGGCCAUCUGUUUCCAUCCUCAGGCCACUCUGACUCUGGACGACUCUGAUGUUAACAUGGCCUCCUGUGCUGCCGACGGCUCCGUCAAACUCUGGAGUCUGGACAGGUCUGCUCUGGUUGAUAUCAUACUGUAUGUCUGUCUUUAUCUCUGUCUGUCAAAUGAGGGAAACUACCUAAAGUUUUAUAAAAUAAGAUUCAGGAAUAAAUGGAGAGGGUUGACAAAAGCAGUAUAUGUUUUUUUCCAAAUCUUAUCAUCAACAGUAGCUCACUGAGCUGGUGAAAUUAAUGGUGGUGAUUUAAAAUGCAUGUUGAUGUGUUGUAACCAUGGUAACCCCUCUCUCUGCAGGGAUGAGCCUGUAGCUGACAUCGAGGGUCACUCCCAGAGGGUAGCACGAGUAGCCUGGCACCCCUCUGGAUGCUUCCUGGGCACCACCUGGUGGGUGAAUUUAUUUUUAAACAUUCUUUAAAUUGUCUUGUUCUAUCAUUUUCCGAAUGGCCGAUCAAGGCAAUACAAUAAAACCAAAACAUGGUCACUUGCACCAAAUGUCUCAACUUUAGCCAUAUGUAUUUACAUUUUUACAUUUUAGUCAUUUUAGCAGACACUCUUAUCCAGAGCGACUUACAGUUAGUGAGUGCAUACAUUUUUCAUACUGGCCCCCCGUGGGAAACGAACCCACAACCCUGGCGUUGCAAGCACCAUGCUCUACCAAGUGAGCUACAGGGGACAUAUAUAUGUUACUCUGGUCAGACUUGUGUCAUUUGAAUUGAAUCUGAAGUGGGGCUUAAUUCUCUCUGUCCCCUCUCCCUAGCAGCUAUGACAACUCCUGGAGGCUGUGGGACCUGGAGGCCCAGGAGGAGAUCCUGCACCAGGAGGGACACAGUAAAGGAGUCCACGACCUGCACUUCCAUCCUGACGGCUCUUUGGCAGGCACUGGGUAAGAUCUCACUGGAAAUGCUAUGAAAGUCUAUGUCAAUUGUCAAUAUUUGUUUACAAUACGUUAUUAUUGGAGAUACCGAAGAUAUCUCUGAAACUUUAAAAAAACGUACAUUUUUGUGUUGUCUUUUGCUUGUCUCUGCACAUCCUGUUGCAAUGUGUUGCCAGCAAAUCAAGUGAGUGGCUGGUCUCUUUUGUAGAGUAUUAUCCCAUUAUUUCUACAUCAGACCUUCAGAUAACUUGGAUCUCAGUGUCAUCUCCAAAACGAAAACAUUAGCUAGAAAAGGCUUUAAUCAGAGCAGAUCUAUAUUUGGCCUAUAGAAGGGGAUGGGGGGCUGUAGUAAAACAAUGGUCUGAUUCUGUGGUUCAAUGGUCUGUUUAAUGAAGGCCAGUAGAUGUCCACCCAGUUAUCUCAAUUAGAAGCUUGGCAGAACAAAGAGCCUUUCAGUGGCUGGCUGGACUUUAAUCAUACAGGGAUAUUCCCUUCAUAUCCCCUCAUAAUAACCUGCUGCCUUACAUACACUCACUUCCCAACUCUCUCAGUGCACAUUGAUCUCAUUGAUCUCAUGCAUAUAAUCAACUCAAUCUACUGCCUGAGCAAUUUGGAGGACUGAGAAGGUUUAGUAGCUUGUUCUGUGAUGUUAUAACCUAAAUUAAAUUAAGGCAGAUGCAACUGGCUCCAUGUGACACACGAGCUGAUGUGUUUGUGUACAGAUCUACGCUAUUGUUGUAAAGCGUCUUGAAUGGUGCAAGUCAGUCAGCCCAAUUUGUAUACAGUAGAAGGAAUUACAGAUCACUAUUCACCUCUCAUCUACAGGACUGUUGGUUGAAUCCUAGUUUGCCUCGGUACACAAUAUUCAUCUCUCUUUCUCAGGGGUCUGGAUUCGUUUGGGCGUAUUUGGGACCUUCGGACCGGGCGCUGUGUGAUGUUCCUGGAGGGCCACCUCAAAGAGAUCUACAGCAUCGACUUCUCUCCCAACGGGUAAAUGACAUGGGAGAUACUGUGUUAUUGAUAUCUUAUGGAUAAGACCAGAUAAUCCUGACCAUGUGAUCUAUAACUACGGUAGGAGAAACUCUGGUAGGAAAAACUCCUGGCCCUACUUAUUGAUGAUGAUAAGCCUGAGAGUGUGUGUUUGUAGGUCCAGUAUUGAAACCAUCUUCUCCUCUGUUUAGCUACCAUGCAGCAACAGGAAGUGGGGAUAACACCUGUAAGGUGUGGGACCUGCGUCACAGGAAGUGCAUCUACACCAUCCCCUCCCAUCAGAACCUGGUGUCCUCCAUCAAAUUCCAACGUGAGUUUUUCCACGUCCCAGAGGCUACCUCCCUUACUUUUUAAUUGCACCUUAAAGGGAUACUUUGGGAUUUGGGCGAUUAGGCCCUUUAUCUACUUCCCCAGAGUCAGAUGAACUCGUGAAUACAAUUUUCAUGUCUCUGUCCAUGCUAGUAGAUACCCAUAAACUUCCAGUCAUUGCGCUAAUGCUAGUUAGCAUUGGCUCAUUGGCUUGCAAAGCUCCCUCUAACUUCCUUCAUACUGGAUAGAGACAUAAAAAUGGUAUCCAUGAGUUCAUCUGACUCUGAGGAAGUAGAUAAAGGGCCUCAUUGCCAAAAUCUCAAAAUAUCCCUUUAACUUCAUUUGGAUUGAUCCAGCAUAUGAACUGUAAAUACUUGAUUGACCCUAUAAUGGCAUAUAUAGGUAACCCUUUGCACAUUUUCAUGCCAACGAAUAUCUCAAUUAUUUUCAAAAGUCACAUGGUAAACGUUUUAGCAGCUAGUUAUGGACUGCUAUAACUGGUUGCAAUAUUUCUGUGCUCGCAUUUCCCUCUCCAUCUGUUCCUCUCUUAGCCAUUGACGGUCACUUCCUCCUGACCGGGGCCUAUGACAACACAGCCAAGGUGUGGACCCACCCGGGCUGGUCCCCCCUGAAGACCCUGGCAGGCCACGAGGGCAAGGUGAUGGGCGUGGACAUGUCCCCUGACGGACAGCUCAUCGCCACCUGCUCCUACGACCGCACCUUCAAGCUCUGGAUGUCAGAGUGAGCAGGGGAGGGAGUAUCACCCAUAGAAAUAGAAUGGCAUUCUAUGGUACCACCUGUACCACUAUUUCUAUGGUACUACCUGUACCACACCUGUACUACUAUUUCUAUGGUAAUACCUGUCAUCCCAUGCAAAUAGAAGAUCGUAAACCAAGAUCUGCUACAUAUUUGCUUUUUCACGAUUGACGGAUGACUCUUUGAACAUCCUAAAUAUUCUGAAUUGUACACUUGUCUGAUUUACAUUUAGUAGAUGGUUAAAUUAUUAUUGAACAACAACGUUAUCGAGUCUCCUGAUUUUGUCUACAACUUUGAAGU